ACCAUAUUUGGGUCAUUUCUUUUUACUCUCCUCAUGUUACGGUAAAAGCAUGAAAUCAGUAAUUAUAUGCACUUAUUGGAAAUGGCGAUAAAUAUGCGUUUCCUAUUCCGUAAUAUAAACAGAGCAUUUUAUUGCUCAACUUCCAAACAUAAUGUCAAUUCGGAGAAAACAAUACCAAAAAAUGACGCAAUUAAGGAUUGGAGAAUAGAGCUGUAUGAUACUAUGAAAGUCUUGCCAAAUUUUAUCAAUGAAAAAGAAGAAGACAUUCUUGUACAAGAGGUUGACCCUUAUAUGAAACGACUACGCUAUGAAUUUUCCCAUUGGGACAAUGCGAUACAUGGCUACAGAGAAACCGAAUGGAGCAAAUGGAGCGAAGAUAGCUCUCAGAUUCUCGACAGAGUCCGUAGAAAAGCAUUCUUACCAGAAAUGAUACAGCUCUCGCUCGUGCAUAUAUUAGACUUAGCUCCUGAAGGAUGGAUAAAGCCACAUAUUGAUAGUGUCAGGUUUUGCGGAGGAAUUAUUGCAGGAUUGAGUUUGCUAAGUGACAGCGUAAUGAGAUUGGCGAUGGAAGGACACGAAAAGGAAUGUGUCGCGUGUUUUCUACUGCCAAGGAGAUCGUUAUACAUCAUGAGUGGCAUUGCGAGGUACAAGUACAAUCACGAAAUCCUCAAGUCUGAGGAAUCGUAUUUUGAAGGACGACACGUACCAAAAGGCAGACGUAUUUCUGUAAUAUGCAGAAGCGAGGCUGAUCCCGAAGUUACUUAAUUUACUCGAUUACGUAAUCUAAUCGAUUGCUUAAUCUAGAUAUCACAAUGUAUCAAAAUAUCUCUGUAAAUAUCUAAAGUUAGAUUGCCAUA